GUUACCAUCGUUCGAUCACGAUGCUGCCAUUCUUCGCAUUAUGCACGUGUCUCUAUCUGGUCAACAUUGCUGAUACUUCAACGUUGACUGCACCCCCGCAAUCGGCACUUGUUGUCGCCUUUGAAGAUAUCUACGAUUUAUCUCUGUUAGCCAAUACUUUAUCGGAUCAAGGGAUCGAUGCUACAUUGAUCAUACCGGCAUCGCACGAGAAUGAACUUUACGAGACGCUAAUCGACGUCGAGGUGUUGCGAUUGAAUAUCGAAGCUGACGAAUCCAUCACUUCGGACAAAAGAGCAGUUCGAGCUUGCGAGGCUCUGUUAAAGGAUGAAGGAAUCGCAGGGAAAAUAAAGGAAAUUCAACCCACUUUUACCAUAUUUCCCGCACUCAGACACGAUGGUUGUUUAUUACCUUGGACAAAAAACAUCGAAUCUAUUCCAGUCAUAUGGACACGGAAUCGAGAGGAGGAACAAUACGUGUUCGAAUACACUGGUGCUGCUUGGCCGGUAUACAGUGCAGGUUUUUGGUCACGAUUAUGGAUGAGUUUUUCGAGGAGGUCAAUAUUCUCGACGACCCGAGACGAGUACGUGGCGUAUGCCUUACGGAUAGCGGGGAAAUACUUGCCAGACACCGGUCUCAAUUUAGACAAUCUUUAUACCGACGUUCGCCUUAUACUUUGGGGAUCUGAUGUUGUCUUACGUUCGGAUUUCGUUCCUCUAACGCAACUCAUAGUCGAAGUUGGUUGCCACCACUGUAGAGGAGCACAUCCAUUACAAGGAGAUCUUCACAAAAUACUGCUCGAGUAUCGCCUGGGAACUAUUGUAGCGUUUCUGGAUGAGAGCUAUACCACGCUAAUCAAAGAAUUAGCAGAAAAAUUGCCGCAGGGUAGGGAGGGCCAAGCGGUAGUUUGGAAGAACAUGAACUGGCAAAGCUCAGGCAGCGCUAUGCCGGAUAAUCUCUUCAUCCGGUCAGCGAUUGAUCGGCAAGACCUAAUAGGUUACAGUCGAACACGAGUAAUGCUAAGUCACUGCACCGAUUCGGAACUUUUGGAAGCUGCCUUCCACGGGACUCCGGUGAUAUGCUUUCCUAGAAACCCUCUAGAAUCCCAGAACGCGGCGAGAGCGGUUCAGUUAGGUUUCGCUCGAUCGGCGGAAGACAUUCGUGCCUUGAACAGCGAGGAAAUAGCCAACGCCGUGAUCCACAUCCACGAGACGAUGGAUUAUCGCGAGAACGGUCGUAAGGUCUCGGUGGCGAUCCGCGACAGAUUAAAUCCUGCGGUGGAUAGACUUAUCUAUUGGCUGCGUUAUAUGGCAAGAACCAGAGAUUGGGAUAUCGAUUUCCUGGCUGCUGACAGUUCAGCGAGAACGUUUAACGAGGAUCUUCAGUUCUUCAUUGGUUUAUUUGUUGGCAGUAUAUUAGGGAUUUUCGUGACCGUUGGUUGCAUGUUGGCCAGGUAUCUGAUCAUGUCGAAGAGGAGACAAAGGUCGAAAGGAAGGUACACGCGAUAGAAAUGAACAAAGAAGAUGCGGAAUCGAUGGGAUGGUUAAUGACGGACAUUUUUCGCAUAUGUAUUUAUAUAAAUGCACGUAGAGUACAGGUACAUACAAAUACAAAUGUUACGAGCUAGGGUUUAUCUCAUUGCUAAUGAAGAGACGUAUCUAUUACGAGAAUACUUGAUCAAUAAGAUUGAUUGAUUGAUUGAGUCGUUGAUUGAUCGAUUGAUUGAUUGUUUGAUCGAUUGGAAAAGCUAGAAAGUACGAUGUAACGUGUUAUCAUAAUCGUAAGAAGGGGAAAAAUAAAUUACAAUUUGUAAUA